AUGAGCGAUUCCUGGGACUUCCUCGCCAAUGGCCCCGAUCUCCGCGGCAGAGUCGCCCUCGUCACGGGGGGGAACUCUGGCAUCGGCUACGACACCAUCAGGCUGCUCGCCCUGCGCGGCGCCAAGGUCUACAUGGCCUCUCGCACCGAGUCGAAGGCCCGCCAAGCCAUGUCCGAGAUGUACGACCGACACGCGGAGAUCGAGCCGGGCCAGUUGGCCUGGGUCGGCUUGGAUCUCAGUGAUCUCAAGACUGUUGUCGCGGCCGCCAACCACGUCAAGGCAAACGAGACGAGACUGGACAUUAUCAUCAACAACGCGUGCGGCACCACGGGCUUGGAUUGCCCUACCUCGGGCUCGGGCUGGGAGCCCAAUCUGGCCGUCAACUACAUCGGCCACUUCGCCCUGAACAACCUCUUGCUCCCCCUCCUCAAAUCGACAGCACGUCUGCCAGAUGCCGACGUUCGCAUCGUCGUCGUCUCGUCACACGUGCAAUCAGAACUCAUCCCCGCGAGCUACGUGCCCAACUUCACCGGCCCCGAUGCCCUCGAGAGCCCGGUGCCGUACUACCCCUGGGCCCACCGCUGGCUGUUCCCCAUCUUCAUCCGCAUCGACAUGUUCGCCUACGCCGUCUCCAAGCUCGCCACGGCGCUCUACGCCCGAGAUCUGCAGCGCCGCCUCGACAAAGUGUACGGCGACGAGUCUCUCGCAUCGUCGUCGCCCAUACUCGUCACGGCUGUUACGCCUGGCAUGAUCCGCACGCCGGCCAUGGCGAGCGUCUUCCGGCCCUGGCUCACGGGGCUGAUGCAGCGCCUCGCCGUGACCCCGGUGGAGGGCGCGAGAAACUCCCUCUUCGCGGCCACAGCCGCCGACGUGAGGAGCAGGCCCGAGGUGUUUGCCGGCCAGUUCUUGCUCCCCGUGGGCAGGCUCGCUCCGCUGCAGCGCGGCGCUUCGGCGGAUCCGAAAAUUGGUGAUGGGCUAUGGGACAACACGGAGCGAGGGAUCAAUGCAUAUCUCCAGGAGCACGGGCUCGGCGAGCUACUGGCUUGGUGA